UUCUGCUGAGCCGAAGCUGUUUCGUUUACUACUGUUUUGACACUUUAUUUAUUUUUCCAGCAGUCGUCGUCCCCCGGUAUGCGUCGAAUCCCUUCCCAGGUACCCUCGGCCGUAUCGCGCCUUUUGCAAGGCCAAGUGAUCUCGAGCCCUCCUACGUGGUACAACCCGGCGCUUGCGCACCCUCCUCCCCAGCUCCCGCCCUACCAAGUGAAAUCCCGUCCGCGUGUUUCCGCCAAGCUCCCCGGCGGUGGCAGCGGCGACGGGGGCGGCCAAUUUAUCGACACGGCGCCGAUUCCUGCCGGAGAACUGGAGCGGCGGGACAGGUUGCGGGGGUACAAGCAGCGAAAGGGACGACCGCUAAAGAUUGCGUACGAGGAAGAUUGGGUGCGCAGGCAGUUUUUCAAGGAUUUUCCGUUUGAGGCGUUGAGGCCGGUGAGUAUGGUGGAAGGCGUGGAGAUUGAUGUGCGGGAAAAGGUGGGGGGGGAGGAAUGGACGAGUUUGGAGCAGAGGGGGUUGUAUCCCACCGUCGAGGACUGUAUCGAGUUUGUGAUCAAUGUGAGAAACACGCGGAAUGUUUCGAUUUCAGAAGCGUACGCGCUUGCGACUGAAGAGUUUGUGUCGUUGAGGGGCAGGCAUCAGCUGGCGACUUUGGCGGCGGAGAUUGAGGCGCGACACUAUGGAGCAGAGUUCAAGCCGGAUGUCUUUGAACGCGCAUUCAACCUUGAAGAAAAGGCGCUCGAAAGUUUGAGACCAUUCACCGCUUCUUCCUCUUCCUCUUCCGGUUCCUCCCGUGUCAAGUAUCGUGAACAGCCUCGAUGGCAGUGGUCAAACACUGUGCCACCUUCAUCUAUCCCCGGUGCGGGUGCCGGCGGGUUCUCCAGGGGGCAGAAUUACGUGGCUAAAUGGAAGAUGCCUGAACCGCUGAGAGUGGGCGCGCAAGGACAAGGUGAUCUGUUGGCUGCUAUCCCUGCGGCGGGAGAGAUGCCGCCGGCAGAAGGGGCGGAAGGGGUGGCGGAGGAAGAUGCCAAGUUGGAGGAUUUGGAGAUGCUAAAGGCUGCUUUGGGCAGCUCAAAAUCGGCGUAAAGGGUCAAGGACACGAUGCAUUUUUCGAUUCAUUACAUUCCUACAUGACAUA